ACUUUGCUAAAUCCGACUUUACUUCAGCAGGUGAAAAGAGCACAUAUGUUAAAGAGUUUAUAACCAAGCGUAUUAUUACCAGCACCCUGUGGUACAAUGUCAGUAGGCCCGGAGCCGCCAACAGAAGGAGCCGGUGUGCCCGUGUCCAAAGCCAGCCAGACGUUUAAGAGCUGCUGGAGCUGCAGGCUGAUCUCCGGAGGCGGUCUGAUCCUGUCCGGAGCUUAUGUGUUUAACGCAGCGCGGAAGGUGAUGCGACAGGGGGGGCCCACCUCUAUGGGGACAGUGGCUCAGAUUACUUUCGCUGCAAGUUUGGCUGCCUGGGGAGCAGUUAUCAUCACGGAUCCAGUAGGAAAAGCGCAGAGGAAAACUUGAAGACUGUUUAGAAAGUGUGCAUGUAAAUGAGCUCCGGUGUGGACUGCAGGGGGUCAUUCACCGGACACCGAGCCGAAGACGCUGCUCCGGGCAGCCAGCAGAAAUCUGUGUGACAUUGGAUGUAUACUGACACCGUGUGGCUGGACCAGGUACCCUAAUGCUGUAAGCUGCUGACUUCUUAAAUUAAAAUAAAGAUUUGACUACAUAUGUGAAU